CUGAGCCAGGCCCCGCCUGCAGGGCUGUUUUCCUCAGAGAGCCUUCCUGAGUGCUGCUAUUUUUAGCCUUCAUGACAGUAAUUGAUGACUGGUGGGAAGGUAUAAAAGCAGCUGCCAGGCCUGAGGUUCUCCAGACAGCUCAGGGAGGAGCCUUCUGCGGUGGACGGUGGCCUCAGCACACCGUCCUCACUGUGCCCCACCUCUCAGCGAUCCCACGCCAGAUCCCUUGUCUUCUCCCUGAGCUUUGUGGGGGCUUCCUUUGGACUCGUCUGUCCUUGCUCUUCCAGCCUCCCUGCCACCCCCAGACCCCUUCAGCUACAGGUUGCUGCUUACCCUCGCCAGCAAGGAUGAGGUCUCGGCUUUUGUUUUCCGUGGCUCAUCUGCCCACAAUUCGGGAGACCUCGGAGGAGAUGCUGCCCGGGGGGCCUGGGCAGGAGCCCCCAGCCUCCCCCAGCCUGGAUGACUAUGUGAAGUCUAUUUGUCAGCUGGCGCAGCCCACCUCUGUGCUGGACCAGGCCAUAGACCCGGGCCGACCCAGGCGACCCCACCGGCCAGCCCAGGCCUGCGAGAAUAGCUGCACUGCGGCAUCACUACAGGACAUCACUGCCCACGUCAGUGGCCAGCAGCCCACGCUGCCUGCACCUGGCACUGCUGACCCCCUGGGCUGGCUCUUUGGGGAGUCCCAGGAAAAGCAGCCAAGUAGGAGAGACAUGCCAAGGAGGACUAGCCCCGCUGCUGGCCCCUGGGGUCCACACAGACAGACGGACAGUGGCAAGACCAGGGGGACACCCGGAGGGAGGCUCUGUGAAGCUAGGGCGCCCGGGCUCUUUCUGGCAAGACUGUCAUGGGGUGGGUACCAGAGCUCCCACUUGCUUAGCUGGACUUCUGAGCAGCCUGGCCGGACCGUGGCCUCCCCCUGCAGCCCCCGCACCAGCAGCAACCUCAGAACUCUCUACUCGCACCUCCCGGUGAUCCAUGAACUCUGACCCCUCCCCAAUAAAGGCGUCUGUAAAGAGCA